AUGCAGAGACCAGAGCCACUCAGAAUAGUUCUUCUGGGAAAGACUGGCCAUGGAAAGAGCUCCACAGGAAACACCAUCAUCGGAAAGAACCUGUUUAACGCUCAAGUUCUUCCUUCAGUCACCAAAUGCUGUCAGAAAGCAGUGGGUGAAGUGGACGGUCGUGCUGUCCACGUGGUCGACACUCCUGGACUGUUUGAUAACAAUUUGUCCCAUGAUGAGGUUCAGGAGGAGCUGCUGAAAUGUAUCAGUCUUCUGGCUCCAGGACCACACGUCUUCUUACUGGUGUUUCAAAUCGGACGGUUUACUUUGGAGGACAAGAAGACCCUGAAACUCAUAAAGGAUGCAUUCAGGAACAAGUCAGAGAAGUUCACCAUCAUUCUUUUCACCAGAGGAGAUUUACUGAAAGAUGAAGGAGGGACAAUUGAACAGUACAUCAGUGAAAGUGGUGACUAUUUUAAGAGGCUCGUCUCUGAGUGUGGAGGAAUACAUGUGUUUGAUAACUCAGACAGACAAAAUCAGCAGGUCAGAGAGCUGAUAGCAAAGAUCAACGCCAUGGUGGAGAAAAAUGGAUGUGACUGCUUCACCAACGAGAAGCUGAUAGAAGCUGAGGCACUCAGGCAAAGAAAUGGAAAAGAUUCUGAAGGAGAAGCAAGAAGAGAUGAAAAAUGA